GAUAAAUCACUGCAUCACCUCCCUAUGUCACUGCUCCUAUUUACCAACAGGCUGUAUUCAGCUUCUCUCCUGUCCUGACCUCGGCUUCAACCCACUACAGGAUUUUCCAGGUACUUCCGAUGUGGACAGGACAGGACGUGGCCUCCCUAUAGACCUGGAGCGGGGACUUCUUCUUCAUCAUCACUUGGGCAGGACCAGCUCCCGCUUAGGACCCUUCACUUUGUGGAUAUUAGGAGAUAGACCAUGUACCAGGGCCUGGCACUCACCUCUAACCAUGGCCAGUCUGCCUACCCUCAUGAUUCAGCCAAUUUCCUGCACCCUUCUGCCAGUCCCUAUAUGCAGACAGGACGUGUGCCGGCGGUGCUGCAGCCCUUACCCUACCUGCAGAGCUGUGAUAGUGCCCACCAGAGCCACCACCUGGGCAGCCACCCGGCCUGGGCACAGGCGGCAAACGAGAACCACGCGUUUAAUGCCAGCAGCCCGCACACCCCCACGGGCUUCACCUACUCACACAGCCCACCGGUGGGCAACAACGCUGGGAGGGAAGGAGCCUUCCAGAGCCCCCUGAUGACAAGGGAACAGUAUGGAAACCCGCUGGUGCGCACAGUCAAUGGCUCCUACUCCAGCCCGUACCCUUAUGUCAGCCCCGAGAUGCCACCCACCUGGGCAGCUGGGCAUUUUGACAGCAGUAUGUUGCACAGCUUGCAGAGCAGACCGGGUUUACAUGGGAGACGACCCAGCCUGGAAUACUUUGAAGACUUCCAUGCCGAAGGAAGAGAAUGCGUCAAUUGUGGAGCAAUGUCCACCCCUCUGUGGAGGCGAGAUGGCACCGGACACUACCUGUGUAAUGCCUGCGGAUUGUAUCAUAAAAUGAAUGGCAUCAACCGACCCCUUAUCAAGCCACAGAAAAGACUGUCCUCCUCCAGACGUGCUGGACUUUGCUGUACAAAUUGCCACACAACCACUACAACCUUGUGGAGGCGGAAUUCAGAGGGAGAACCCGUGUGUAAUGCAUGUGGACUAUACAUGAAGCUGCACGGGGUUCCUCGUCCAUUAGCCAUGAAGAAAGAAAGUAUUCAGACUCGAAAGAGGAAACCCAAAAAUGUUAAAGGGAAAACAACAGGGGCGAACACUUCAGCUAACAACUCUCCAUCAUCAGUUACAACAGACACCACUCCGGUAUUAAAAACAGAACCAACACUAUCUGCACAAUACCCGGGACAGUCAAUAGGACCUGGCUCUCAGGGUCAUAGCCAAGCCGACGAAAUAGUAGCCGGGUCUUAUGAGCUAAAAUAUAUUUCAGAUGAAUAUCACUUUAGUCCAACACUGAAUGCACAGUCGGGACUUGGCGUUCCUCUUCAUCAGGACUCAUGUUGUGCAUUGCCUCGUGCCUAAAAUUCGGAACUUUCCUGGAACACUCACUUUGAGACUGAUGUCUCUGCUUACUCUAAUGUGCAAAGGGGAGGCUUCUCUUCACAUUGCUCAAGAGACAAAGAAAAAGACUGGCACUUUUUGUAGUCAGAGACUAUGAGCAUGAACUUGGUGUUCUUAAGAUUCUUCACCUCAGAAGAAGAUGACCCCCCGUCCUUAAGGAGGUUGUUGCAUCCUGCAUGAGAUCCAAAAGGUGGUGGGACAGAGUCCAGAUGACAAUCGUGGGCUACUAACUUGAUUUGCAUUCUUUGCAAAGCCUUGAAAUGGAAUCAGGGCUACAAGGGGAUUUGCUUCUUAACCAUAAUCCUUGAUGCCUUCGAUAAUCAAAAGAAACUCCGACCUUCAGCCUUGAGAUGUACUGGAGACUACUAAAUGCAAAGCAUGACCAACCCGGAUGAUAAACACCAUAAAAAAAUACUCAAAAGCAUUUCACUUUGAAACAAAGACUAUUGAAAAAUUGACAAAUAUUGAUUCCUUCCUUUCUAUUCCCUUAAAGGUAACCUGUCACUAGUU